AUGUGGUUUACUCUGUAUAUUUAUCUUUGCCUGUCUUUUAAUUGUAUCUCUGCAACUUUAAUCCUCAAACCAAGUAUGUGUUUGCUACAAGGUGAUUUUAAGUUGACUGGAAUGUACCAGGAUGGAGAUUUUAUACUUGGAGGCCUAUUUGAGGUUCACUUCUUUACUGUGUUCCCAGAUCUGACUUUCACAACAAAUCCAAAAUCACCAUACUGUGAAAUAUUUAAUAUGGAAGGCUUCCAGCAUGCACAGACCAUGGCUUUUGCAAUAGAAGAGAUAAAUAAGAAUCCAAAGCUGCUGCCAAACAUCACUCUUGGAUAUCAUCUUUAUGACAAUUGUGUGAUGCUAGGAAUGGCAUUCCGGGCUGCCAUCUCCCUCACUAGUGGGACAGAGGAGUCCUUCUUUAACCUAAACUGCAGUGGCCCACCACCAGUGAUUGGGAUUGUUGGGGAUCCAAGUUCAACUCCUUCCAUUGCAAUUUCCAGUGUUUUGGGGCUGUUUCGAGUGCCUAUAGUUAGUCACUACGCCACCUGUUCCUGUUUGAGUAACAGGAAAAAAUACCCAUCUUUCUUUAGAACAAUCCCCAGUGAUGCAUUUCAGGUACAAGCUAUAAUCCAAGUCUUGAAACAUUUUGAAUGGACCUGGGUUGGCCUCCUCUACAGUGAUGAUGACUAUGGCGUCUAUGCUGCUCAGUCUUUUCAGCAAGAAAUGCAGCGAUUUGGACUUUGUGCUGCAUUUUCUGAAUUCCUGCCCCAUGAUAAUAAUCACAGAGAUAUACAGCGUAUAAUGGGGAUUAUUCAGGGCUCUACAGCAAGAGUGGUGGUUGUUUUUGCCCCAUCAUCCUUUCUCAUACCUUUGAUGAAUGAGGUUGUUUUACAGAAUAUGACAGGCAGGCAGUGGAUUGCAAGUGAAGCUUGGGCCACCUCUCUUGAAUCCCAUAUUCCAAGUUUCCAGCCCUUUCUGAGGGGCACAAUAGGAAUUGCUAUCAGGCGUGGAGAGAUUCAAAGACUUCAUGAGUUUCUACUGUGUAUUCGCCCCAGCAAUGAUCCAAAAAAUUAUAUGUUGAGAAUCUUCUGGGAGAAUAUGUUUGGGUGCAGUUUUGGUAAAGGAGAUACUGAAGGAAAGCAAGUCAUAAAGGUAUGUACAGGACAGGAGGAUCUGAGCACCACAAAUACACCAUACACUGACGUCUCAGGACUGAGAGCAGCUUAUAAUGUCUAUAAGGCAGUUUAUGCACUGGCACAUGCCCUUCAUGACUUGAUGGAGUGUGAGGAGGGUAAAGGACCAUUCAGUGGAAACAGCUGUGCUGACACAACAAACCUAAAACCCUGGCAGGUGGUUCACUACCUACAGAAUGUAAACUUCACUACAGGCUUUGGGGAUCAUGUGUCAUUUGAUAAGAAUGGAGAUGCUCUGGCUAUUUAUGAUGUACUAAACUGGCAGCCAAGCUCAGAUGAAUCAAUAAGGAUCUACACGGUUGGUGUUGUAAAAGAAGGAACAAAAACAGGAAUGGUGCUCACACUGGAUGAAGAUGCAAUAUUCUGGAAUUUUGAGACAACAAAACCCCCACGGUCUGUGUGCAGUGAGAGUUGCCCUCCAGGCACCAGACGAGCCACUCGCAAGGGUCUUCCCGUCUGCUGUUUUGACUGCUUGCCAUGUGGAGAUGGAGAGAUUUCUAACACAACAAAUGCUGUUGAGUGCUUUCUAUGUCCAGAUGAGUUCUGGUCCAAUCAAUAUAAUAAUCACUGUGUACCAAAAGAAGUAGAGUUUCUCUCCUAUGAGGAUCCUCUGGGCAUCUCUCUGACCACUGCUUCCCUUAUUGGCACCUGCUUUUGUGCUCUUGUGAUAUUUGUUUUUGCUCUUCAUCGUAAUACUCCUAUAGUACGUGCAAAUAAUUCAGAGCUCAGCUUCCUGCUUCUAUUGUCACUAAAAAUGUGUUUCCUUUGUGUCCUGCUGUUUAUUGGUCGACCACAGUUGUGGACAUGUCAAUUAAGACAUGCUGUGUUUGGCAUAAGCUUUGUCCUGUGCAUGUCCAGUAUUCUGGUCAAGACAAUGGUGGUAAUAGCUGUGUUCAAGUCCUCUAAGCCAGAAGGUAAAGGAGCAAUGAAAUGGUUUGGAGCAGUUCAACAGAGAUGCACGGUUGUGGUCCUCACAGUCCUCCAGGUUGUGAUAUGUGCGGUCUGGCUAUCAACUGCCUCUCCAACACCCUAUAAAAACAACCAAUAUAUCCGUUCUAAAAUAGUAUAUGAAUGUGCUAUAGGCUCAGUGGUUGGGUUUUCAAUGUUACUCAGCUAUAUUGGGUCUUUGGCAGCAGCAAGCUUUUUGUUAGCCUUCCUGGCUAGAAAUCUUCCAGAUAAUUUUAAUGAAGCAAAAUUCAUCACAUUUAGCAUGUUGAUCUUUUGUGCUGUGUGGAUUGCAUUUGUUCCAGCGUAUGUGAGUUCACCAGGAAAAUACACAGUGGCUGUAGAAAUUUUUGCCAUUCUGGCUUCCACUUUUGGUUUACUGAUGGCCAUAUUUGCCCCAAAGUGCUACAUCAUUCUUUUACAUCCAGAGAGAAACACCAAAAAUGUCAUAAUGGGAAGAGAAACACGAAAUAAAUAG